AUGGAUAUCGGCAAUAUCUUCGAGGAAUGGGACUUUUCAGGAAGCGUGCCCCUCCCAUAUAGAGUCCUCUUGAUGGGCUGCAUCGGCAUCUUUGCCUGGGCAAGCAAUCUCCAUAUCCUGACUCAACUCCGAGUCGACGUCUCCAAUCUCCUCUUCAACAGCCCACCGCUCUCAGGAGUCUAUACGAACCAUCCACGGCACUCACGGGAAAAGUAUGCCAGCAAGUCCUCGCCCAUCGUGGUCCUGUACCGAUCCAUCUAUACCCUCGGAGUCGUCUUUCUCUUCAUGGUCUUGGUCAACAUGUGGAUGUACAAAUGGGUCGUGGCUGGAUCAGAACCCAUGGAACAAAAGAAUACCAACGCCAAGUCAGGAUCACCUUCGUUGGUUACAGGAGAUGGUCGUGGAGGCAUGGGAUUGACUGGAAACCCAAGAGUUGGCAUCGUGGUCCCGAUUCUGGGCUACCUGUCUAUUGUUCUCAUGGUCUUUAUUCCCUUCAAUGUACUCUUCAAGAAGGAGCGCUAUCGGUUCCUGAGAUCGAUGAAGAAGGCUCUUUUUUCAGGAUUCAAGACAGAGGUGACCUUUGCAGAUGUGAUCCUGGCCGAUAUCCUCACGUCCUUUGCACGUGUCUUUGGUGACCUGGCUGUGGCGCUCUGUCUGAUGUUUCCGGAUCGGGGUGGAUCUAACAGCGACGCUUGCUAUGGCAGUAUCUUGGUUCCCAUCAUGACAAGCAUUCCUUACUGUAUCCGACUUCGCCAGUGCUUGACAGAGUACAUCGAGUCCAAUUACACCGUCGAGAGGCACCUGAUGAACGCGCUCAAGUACGCAUCCGCCUUCCCCGUCAUCAUCAUCUCCUUCAUGCAAAAGUCGUCCAAGGCAGCAUCGAUGAAGGGGGUCGAGUACAACGGCUACUUUUCCGACAACUCUCUAUUCCGUCUCUGGUUGUUCUUUGUGGCGAUCAACUCUUUUUAUUCGUUUUAUUGGGACAUCUACCAUGAUUGGAACUUAAUCCAGGCACAACCUGCAGGACGACCCUCACCUUCUGUCGGUACACCUACCAUCGCUGCAAGUCCAAAUAUGGGCCCUCACUCGCGCAUGACCUCAGGGCCUCUUUCGCCAACAACAACACCAAAAUCGGCACCGGGCACCUUUGGCGAUGUCAAUGGAGUUGCUAAUAAUAACAACAGUGGCAAGCCCCUUGGAUCGCCCUCGCUCAACUCUGGAAACAACAACAAUGCAGGCAUUGGAAACGGAAGCAUCAACAACGGUAACACUAACGACACCAACCGCAACGGCAGCCUCAAUUCAUCCUCGGCCUACGCAAACAGCAGGAAAUCGAGUCGGUGGUGGGCGUUUGGGUGGGGCAUGCGAUCACAGCUCCACUAUGAGGACCAGCUGUUCUACAUCGUGGCGGUGAUUCUAGAUUUCUUGCUGCGGACGACCUGGAUGCUCAAGCUGGUAUCGAACAUUCAGAUUGAAGAGUACGAAGGAGGCGUGUUCACGAUGGAGUGCCUAGAGGUUCUGAGACGGUGGAUCUGGGUCUUGUUCCGUUUGGAGUCGGAGUUGGUGAAAAAGACGGCAGGAUAUCAUGGCAGCGAGUCGGCGUCGAACCCUGCGGCUGUGGGGCUUUUGAUGGGCGAGUCAGAUAUGGACGGGCAUAAUAGCGAGAUCAUGAUGGAGGACCUCGAGUCAUGGCAGAAGUAG